AGCGACCUUACACUAUGGCGGCUUCCAUGCCACGAAUUUCUGUGAAUCAUUAAGAUGUGAUUCAGGAGUCUUUCAUGAUGUAAUGAACGGUAUGAUAUUUCCUGUCUGAUUUCUGUCCAAGUUGUCUGGGACAUAAGAGCCCAGAGACAUGCUGAGUAAAACUUCACAAACUAUUGCACUAUGCUCCUUUGCCAACUUCAUCAACUCGGCAGAUCGAGUUAUAAUGCCGAUCGCCAUUGUACCAAUGACGGACGAGUACCGAUGGGACCUCCAUGGCCAGGGCUGGGUGCUCAGUUCAUUUGCUGUGGGAUACAUGAGUAGCCAGGUGAUUGGAGGAAGUGGUGCGAAAAAGUAUGGUGGUAAAACUAUCCUCACCAUUGCAGUCCUCCUCUGGUCCUUCUCGACAUUCCUUGUUCCUUUCUUCGCUCAUUCAAUCAAUGCUCUCAUCAUGUCACGAGUCUUACUCGGCUUGGGAGAGGGGCUAGGUUUACCAACAAUUUUCCACAUUUUCUCCCAUGCCAUACCCAGUGAGGAGCGGUCCAGGGCCUUUGCUUACCUGGUGGCGUUUGGUUCCAUUGGCCAGACGAUGGCAUCUGUCAUUUGCCCUCACUUGUCAUGGCAAUGGAUGUUUUACCUGUUCGGCUCCCUAGGGGUGCUCUGGGUAAUCUUGUGGACUGUGGUCUAUAAGGAAGUGAGGGGACCUUUUGAGGAAGAGUUCGUAGAACCACCAAAGGUAAACAACACUAAUGUAUCAUGGGGAGCGUUCCUCUGUCACUGGCCCUUGUGGUCCACAUACAUUGCCCACUUCAGCAUGAACUGGUCCAACUACAUCAUCAUGCAAUGGCUGCCUACCUACAUGACCCGCAGUCUCGGGGCUGACCAGAGCCACAUCAUGUUCACCGCCGUGCCUUACUUAAUGAACUCUGUGGUAGGAAUGGUGGCUGGUCAUUACGCAGAUUCAUUAAUAACACGUCACAAGUGGACAAUCCUGUCAGUCCGGCGGCUAAUGACCAGUGUUGGACUCCUGGGGCCAGGACUAUUUAUUUUAUUUUUCAGUGCUGUUAAUAAUUUACCUCUUGCAGUUAUAUUUGUCUCCAUAUCACUUGGUCUGAGUGCUUGUAACUCCUCGGGACAUCUUAGUAAUCAUGCUGAGAUUGCUCCCAACCAUGCUGGCAUUACUUUCGCCAUAUCAAACACACUAGCUACUAUACCUGGUAUUCUCUGUGGUCCGCUGACAGCUGAGCUUGUGAUGCAGAGCCAUGGACGAUGGUUUCCCGUCUUCAUCAUCGCGGCAGGUGUGAACUUUGUGGGUGCAAUCAUUUACCUAAGUCAAAGUGCAGCUAGCCAAAUCUUAUAGCCCAAGGUCUGUCAGUUACUGAGACCGAUAAGUUUAGGUCCUUGUUGCACCCUGUAUGACAUACAGUUGAUGGUCUAGUUGCUGCACUGGAUCAAGGUUUAUGAGAGCAAUAGGUCCAUUACAUUUUAUACUUAUAUUCCUUGGCUUGGUUACUGGAGGAUAUUUAAAGUAUCAAAUACUCCCAGUAAGUAAGUUAAAAGGUUCAAAUAAUCAUUGUCAUGGUUAAUUAUAAAAUAAAACCAAAGUUUGAAGAAUACAAUCCUCAAUAGUUUUUGCCUUUUCAGGCUUGAAUGGGGGUAAUCUUCAGGAGCCUCAGAGUCAAAAUCGCUAGAGUAAUGUUAAAGUCAAACUUUGGAUUUGUUAUAUAAUUAUGUACUGAAUAUGAGUGAAGUUCAAAUUCAUAGCUAGUCAUAGUUUGGAUAUUUUUAUACAGCCAUAUCUAUAUGUGUGAAGAAAUAACUUCUAGCUCACCUGCCCAAAAGGCAGUUGACUAUAUAUCUUGGGGUGUCAUCCGUCUGUCAAAUCUUUAUUCUAUAAGUUACUAGUCUAAUAGAUUUGACAAAGCCAGGGGAUUUACAUUGUAGUUGUAGAACCACGAGUGUGCCCCCAUUUUGACCCCCUAGGGGCAGCGUAAUAGGGGUUGGAGGGGCAGCGUAAUAGGGGAUGGAGGGGCAGCGUAAUAGGGGGCGGAGGGGCAGCGUUAUAGGGGGCGGAGGGACAGCGUAAUAGGGGCGGAGGGGCAGCGUUAUAGGGGGCGGAGGGGCAGUGUCACAGGGGACAGAUGGGAAGCGUAAUAGAGGGAGUACUUAAAAGUUUCAGGGUUUGACGUCCUUGCAACAGCUAAGGUAAUUUACAGAUAGAUGUCUAAGGAGACAUUUUGAUAAAAAAGAGUAGAUAUUAGGGAGAAAUAGACAGAGGUCGCAAAUGUCACAGCAGGGGCAGCAGAUCAAGUUUGGUUUCUUUAAUGUUCUCUAACCAGAGGAUACAGAAGAAAAUCCCUGAGCCUGCCAGGGAUCCCACAUAGUCGCCAUAAUAGGAAUAUUUCAAACCCUGCUGUUUCAAUAUGAGUGAUGGGAUUUUAAUCUCAAAGAAAACUCAGUGUUUUAUAAAUAAAGUGUUUGUCCCAAAUGGGGUAAAAGGGAUAUAGGAACCAAUAGGGGGGUACAGGCACAAGAAGAUUGUUUUAACUUAGUAUGUUAAAAGGUCCCUGGACCAUGGAUUCUGAAAAAUUAUAUUGUGUAUAUGAAGAGUGUGAAGACCUUGGUGCAGAGGGGUAUUUUAUCAAGGCAUUACUCAAUUUUUGCCAGUUUUUAGCUUCUAUUUGUUUAGCACUUUUGAUAUAAAUGUACAGUUUUGGACACGAGCAAAGAACAAGUGGGCUAUUCAGACUCCUGGGCCUCUUGUCUCUAAAUGCUGAAAUAUGUCUGCAUGCUCAAAGAAUUUUGCUGGAAAUUGUAUUUUCCUUGUCUAACAUUUGUUAUAAGGUAUUUGGAUGAAAUUUUAUUGUUUAAGUUUGCAAAAAGACAACUUUUAUCAUAUUAUGAAAGUAUGCACAGUACACAUAUACUUAAAAAACUGAUAAAAAUUAUAAAACACAUGAAGAUAGCACUUGUAUACCAAAACAGUGUUUUUUCAGGGUUUGAAAGAGGGAUGGGGAAUAGAAAGUUUUACAUGGCAGAAUUUUAAAAACUUUGAGGGACUGUAUAUUAUCCCUCACACAGGAGAAAACACUGCCAAAUGGCAUUUUCCACACAUCAUGAUAUGUCUUCACCAUACAUGAUGAACAUCUUGUAUGGAGUGGAAUGAUUGGAGAUUCUGGCUACUUAUUGAUGAACAGUUAAAUAUCAAUACUUGAGCGUCUGGUAUUUGGGAACAGAGAUAUGAUAUACGACAGAAUACUCGAUCAUUAGGAGAGGGACAAGAAGCAUCUGUGAUAUUUAGCAACAUGGUUGCAUUUCUCUGCCAUUUUUUUGCUCUAUAAAUUUUUGAAAGGCCAAUAUAUUUUUUUUCAAUCAUUGAAUGUAUGCAAGUUUUGGAGAAGUAUUUCUCAAUUGUGUGGUUAAUGAGAUUUUCAUCAUAUUUAUUUUUUAGUUGUAAGACUUAAAAUAUUUACAUGUUGUACCAUAGACAGACUUAUUACAAUGCUUUGCCUUUCAGUGGUAAGUUGGAUUUAUGAUGUAAUGUGUGACUGUUACAGACUUUGUACCAUAGACAGACUUAUUACAAUGCUUUGCCUUUCAGUGGUAAGUUGGAUGUAUGAUGUAAUGUGUGUCUGUAACAGACUUUGUACCAUAGACAGACCUAUUACAAUGCUUUGCCUUUCAGUGGUAAGUUGGAUGUAUGAUGUAAUGUGUGUCUGUUACAGACUUUGUACCACUUCUGUGGAUGAAAUAUGAAUAUAAAGCUUUGUAUCUAAUGCCUGUUCAGCUUUCCCCUGAAUCUUGCUUUUUUUCGAGUCUUUUGAUUCUUUUGUCAUGUUCUCAUGAAAAUUUCUCCUUACUUAUAACAUGUGAAAGUGUUUGACAUAUAGAAUCCCAUCAAAAUAUACGGGUAAUAAUGUAGUAACAGGUUAUCUAACAUUAACAUGGGCUAGAAUAGUGUAAGACAGGUCCCAUGUUAUACAUCCCAAUUUGAAACAACGUUUUGUGAUAAUUUCCAUAUAAAUAAAUUUUGCCAUUUUGAAAUGUCACAAAUGCAUAGGAAAAAUUGUUUUUCAUAUUUCCAACAAUGCAUUGUAGCAUUAUCAAGGUGAGGCUAAAAUGUACUUUGAUACUUUGAACUGUCUCUUGCCGACACUUUGCAGACCUUGUAUCUAUGAGUUACAUGAUAGCGUUAACAGCCAUGGAUCCAGGGGGAAGUGUGUCCCUGAUCCUGAAAUUGGUCAGUACAUGUACUGCUUAUAUUAAUUUAAAUGUUAUUUUUAAAUCUACCACGAUACAUAUACAUGCACCCUCCCCAUGGAACAAUAUUUUGAUCUCGAAAAAACUCCACUUAAAAUGUUGUAGCCUAUCUAAUUAUUUAGAUUUAAUUUGAAUUAACUCAUCUUUUCCUUAAUACCAUAUGGGGUUUCAUUUAAGGCUUUGCUUAUAGGUAAUCUGAAAGGUUGAAGUGCUUUAAUGGUGAAUUAUGUCUAAGGCAACAUAAAACACUUACUCUAAAUCUGUAUCUUAUGCAUGAUCAUGUUCAAAUCUAUUUAUUUAAGGAAAUAUCAUUUACCUUCACUUGACUAUUUACCCUUGCACCAUAAUUGUGUAAUUAUUUGGCCAUAAUGCCAUUGACUCUGUGACUUGAAGUAAAUCUCUCUGUGCACAUGUACAAAACGUACUAAUGGCAAUAAUUAAGGUACGCUUGGAAUUCUGUACAUGUUUUAAGUCAUUUGUGUGUGAUGUUUUUUAUAACAUGCUUUUAUGAUAGCUAAAUUUUUUAAUUAAAAAUCAUCAAUCACUCUUCUUAAAAAUGUAACUUAACAUAAUUCUUCAGUAAAAUCAGGACAUAAUUGAUUAGAAGUAGCAAUAUUUGAUUGAUUUAACGAGAUACGUUGAGCUUGUUCCGUGGUCAUUUAAACAUGUUUGAUGGGUAAUGAAGGUCCUGUCUUCUGACCCUUCACCAGUCAGUCAGUCCUUUCAGAGACAAUCUAUAACACAGGAUGAAAAAUAGUGGAAAACCAGACACGUUUACAUUUGUAUAUUACUUUAUACAUCUCUGGGAAAACUUAAUAAAAUUAUGAUUAAAUUGGACACUUAAUAUAGUAUUGUACAGCAGUACUCAGCAAUGGAGAAUUAGGACUCAUUAUAAGUUGACAUGAUAAUGGGGGUAUGGCUAUAUCUGAUCAAAUACUUACCAUGAUAUACGUUUGUAGUGAGGCUGUUAAUGUUGAAUGUGUUUACUGUAUACCUGUAUACACUAGUCCUGUUAGCGAGUACAAAGUCCGAGUGUAAGCCCGACCAUGCCUGGUGACGGUGUGACUGAAGUAUGUGUUAUGUACUGUAAACUGUACAGUAAAACCUUGUUAAUAUCGCCGUAGUUUUAUAUGCUUACCACUGGCAUAUCUUAAGGCCCGUUUUACUACUUUUCUUUAUUAUUUCUUAGUAUUCUCCCUCUUGCUGUGUUGCCAAAACCUCGGGACAUUCGGUGUCAGUAUAACCAGGUUUUACUGUAUGGAGUACUCGGUGUCCAGCAUCUUCAUGGAUUACCGUUGUUAGUGUAUGAUUGAGUCUAUAAACGUAUGUAAAGUGAUGAUAGUGUAUGAUUGAGUCUAUAAACGUAUGUAAAGCGGUGUUAGUAUAUGAUUGAGUCUAUAAACGUAUGUAAAGCGUUGUUAGUAUAUGAUUGAGUAUAUAAACUUAUGUAAAGUGCGCUGUCCUGAUGAAAACAUAUUCUGCAUACAAUCCCUGCUAAGGACAAAACUGACCCUUCCCAUUUUAAACUGGUUGUUUUAGAAUCCGUAGGCCAUUUUAUAUUGUGUACUGUUAAGAGAAAACCUCCUGAAAUCUCUCCCCUUACGUACCGUGAAAUAUUCCAUGUACCCUCAGGCCUGCUGGGUAUAUCACUUAUACAAAGUAUUUUCGCAAAAGAAGAAACUCUAGGACAGUGUCGUAUACGAAUCCUAGGUAAAUGUAGAAGUUUAGAGAAAGCAGUGUUUUAGGUUCAGUCUUUAACACAAACACGUUCCGUGGGACUUUUCUCUGUUGUUACAUUUACUAUGGGGAUACUAGUUUAGCUCAAAGUGUUAAAGUAGAAUUCUUAUUAAUCUGUUUUUUUGAAAGCUGAAAUAUUUUUUGCAAGACAUAUACUGCCACGGCCAAAGAUAUUUAGUUUCAUUAGGUGGCAUUUUUCUCUGAGGAUUACUUCGACUCUGAAACACAGUAAAUCAUCUUGAUCAAAAUCCACUAAAAAUUAAUUCGCUAGUAUAAUUUAAUAUAAAUAAUAUAAGAACGACUUCACCUUGAGGCAAUGAAACUAAACACACCUAAGGUAUUUUCAUACUUGACCUUUACAUUUAUGAUCAGAAUCUACAUAAAAGACGUUGCUAGAACAAAGGCACUGUUUCGGUUGCCUUUGUAUACCAGAGUAACAGAAACGGUGAUCUGCAUCCUAUUUCACUUAAAAACAAACACUGGAAGGGAAGGAUGGGGUGGGCCUAGGGUAAUAGUUAAUAUCCAACAUCUUGUCCACAGUGGUGUAGGAUUUGAUGUCCAUGAAAGGUUUGUAUGAGAAUAUGUCUUCAGUCUUGUCAGUGAGUUAUUCAUUUGCCAAAGAACAAGAGUUUAUUCAUACUUCCAUAAGCCAUUUUUAUUGCCAAUAAAGUCCAAUGAUUAAGGAGUAUGCUUAUAAAACUUCUAAACUGUAUAUGAUAUACCACGGAAUUAGAUUAUCUAAGUCGUGGAUGAACCAUGUGAGAAAAUUUUCCUAAUAUUUAUAUUUCACACUUUGGUUUUUUUUCUGGGUUUUUCUGAUAUUACAAAGUAAAAAACACGUUGAAAAUGCCUUAAAAUUUGACAAAAGAGCGACAUUUAUAUGAUGAUCAAAGGGAAUCUAUUGAGUGACAUUUAUAUGAUGAUCAAAGGGAAUCUAUUGAGUGCUUUGUUAGUUGUAUUUCCUGAAACAAAGCCAGGAUAUUUGGACGGUAACCCGUCAAAAACAAGUUCAUGUCGUACUAGUUGACCGGAAGUUCAUCAUCACAUUUCUCUUUUGUAGUGUGAAGUUAUAAUUAACUUUGAUAUCUUUAUAUUAACUCAUGGCAAUUGAAUGGGAUCAUAGUGAUACGAGUACUUAUUGCUAGUACAUAUCAAAAUGUCAUUGCAUUGUGCAUUGUAAAAUAAUAUCAUUACAAUUUACAGUGUAUAUACAAACCAUACGGAAAUGUAACUAAGAAACGAUACAGAAGUAUCGGUAAACAUCAACAGACCGGCCCACUUAUGGUUUAAAAACGUUUUGAUGUAAAAGGUAAAUUUCGCGGCUCAUGUUUUAAUGAAAAUUUUAGAGGAAAUAUUAGAAAAGGUGAACUUGAAGCAUUUUAGUCUAUUUUUGAAUUAUUAUUUAAGUGUGAUGUAAAGUUGAGGUCUUUGAACAGCUGGCCCAAAGUUUGUACUUUUAGAAAAGAAGCAAUAUUCAAGCAAUGAGUUUUCUCCGUAACCUGUCAAAACUACUCGCUUUAAAUAAUAGACUUAAACCUAUAAGUUAUAGAUAUUUUAAUGAACCUUACGUGAACAGGAUAUAUUGAAAUGUUGUUUUCCGUUUCAUUUAUUUGUCAAAGAAUUAUCGCCACUAUUUUUGAAUGUUGCCAAGAUUUGCUCAAUAUGUGUCAAUCAUAGAAUGUGUGAUCAUAAGAAUGUAAUAAAAUGCUGUCCUUUA